CCAGACGGCGGCGACUCUUCCCAGACGCCCACGGGCACGAGGUUUGGCUCCCAGGCGCGCGCCUGCCAGCCCCCGCGUGACUCUCCGCCGCUCUGCUGGGCCCUGCCCGGCUUGCUCGGGCCCGCCUGGAGAGUCACAGCGAUUCCCGUCUCGUAGCGUCGCCAGAAUUUGGCGACUGUGAAACUGAUUUCCGGUCGCUUGGGUCUCCAUGGAGAUAGCUCUUUAACCACGUUCCUCCCUUGUCACGCCUCGAACUGCACGUGGCUCGGAAAUCGCCCAGAGAAUGUUUGUGGGAAUCGGCCAAAAAGGUGUAGGUGGGAGUGAAGUGGGGUUCGAGAGGGAAGCAUGACUACUGCUGAUUCUAUUCAAAAUGGGUGCAAAGAAGAGAGAAAUGCAAGUUGCUGCACUGACCAUUUGUCAUCAAGACCUUGAAACUUUGAGAUCUUUUGCUGAUGUGGAAGGAAAGAAUCUAGCUUCUUUGCUGUUACGUUGUGUACAACUCACAGAUGGAGUGUCACAAAUCCAUUAUGUUAAACAGAUUGUGCCUUUACUGGAGAAAGUAGAUAAAAAUGGCCUGUGUGAUCCCACUAUUCAAAGUUGCUUGGAUAUUUUAGCAGGCAUUUAUCUUUCUUUGAGUCUAAAGAAUCCCUUGAAGAAAGUAUUGGCAAGCUCACUAAAUGGUCUACCUGAAUUUUUUCUAACUGAGGCUAUACAUAGUUUUACUUCUCGUCUUCUGGAAGAAUUGAAUACUACUGACUUAUACUCUUAUAGGAAAGUAAUGGACAAUGUCUCUUCCUGCAUGGAGAACUUUAACUUGGGUAGAACCAGUGUUCAUAAUCUGCUUGAAAAUGUGCUUCGUUUUCUGCAAAAGAGUUUGAUUGAAAUCCUGGAAGAAAAUAGAAAAUUUGCUGGAAAUCAUAUUGUUCAAACGCAGUUGAUGAAUGACUUGUUGGUAGGCAUUAGAGUUUCAAUGAUGUUAGUACAGAAAGUUCAAGAUUUCCAGGAAAAUCUCUGGAAGUCUUCCAGUUCUCCCGUAUGGCAAAGUAUGUGUGGAUUGUUGAGUAUUUUCACCAAACUUUUAAGUGAUGAUGAUCUAUUGCAGACUAUUCAGAGUACAUCUGGAUUAGCUAUUAUUCUUUUUAUUAAGACUAUGUUUCACCCAUCUGAAAAGAUUCCUGGCUUGAUUACCAGUUUACUUCUUCGUUCAGUGGACUGCACCAAUGUCCCUGAGUGGUUUAUGAACAGCUGCAGGAGCCUUUGUUGUGGUGACAUCGCUGGGUCAGCUCUCUUAUUCCUGUGUCAGGGGACACUUGCUAUGUUGGACUGGCAGAAUGGGAGCAUGGGCCCAUGUGGAGAGGCCCUGCUCUUGGACACUGUACAUGUUUUGUUCACCUUGAGUUCACAGAUUAAAGAGUCGACACUAGAAAUGUUUCUGUCUAGAAUCUUAGCGUCUUGGACUAAUUCAGCCAUGCAUGUCCUUGAAUCAAGUUCCCCAAACCUAAAGGACAGCCUGAAUGGGAAUUCAAGCAUAGUUGGGAGACUUUUGGAGUAUGUCUAUACCCACUGGGAACAUCCAUUGGAUGCUCUGAGGCACCAAACCAAAAUCAUAUUCAGAAAUCUUCUCCAGAUGCACCGACUCACUAUGGAAGGUGCAGAUGUGGUCACUGAUCCUUUCUUUGUGGAAUUGACUGAGAGUCUUCUGCGAUUGGAAUGGCAUAUUAAAGGAAAGUACACAUGCCUUGGCUGUUUGGUGGAGUGCUUAGGAAUUGAACAUAUUUUGGCAGUAGAUAUGACGAUUCCAUCUCAAAUCUUAGAAGUGAUGGGGGACCAAUCAUUAGUACCUUAUGCAAGUGACCUCUUGGAAACCAUGUUUAAAAAUCAUAAGAGUCAUUUGAAAUUGCACACCAUCGACAGUACUUGGAUUGACCAGUGGCAUGAGACUUGGGUUUCUCCUCUCCUUUUUAUACUGUGUGAAGGAAACUUGGAACAAAAAUCUUAUGUAAUUGAUUAUUAUUUGCCAAAAUUAUUGAAUUACAGCCCUGAAAGCUUACGGUACAUGGUAAAGAUUCUUCAGACUUCAAUUGAUACUAAAACUGGACAGGAACAGUCUUCUCCGUCCUUAGGGUCUUGUAAUAGCAGGGGGGCUCUGGGAGCUUUGAUGGCAUGUCUGCGAAUAGCUCGAGCUCAUGGACAUCUUCUGUCUGCACCUGAUACCUGGGAGAACCUUGUGUCAAGUACAAGAAUAAAGCAAGGCUUGGUUCAUCAGCACUGCCAAGUACGAAUAGAUACAUUAGGUCUGCUUUGUGAAAGUAAUCGAAGCACAGAAAUCGUUUCUACAGAAGAAAUGCAGUGGAUUCAGUUCUUUAUCACAUACAAUCUUAACAGCCAGUCUCCAGGAGUGCGGCAACAGAUUUGUUCUCUUCUUAGAAAGUUGUUUUGUAGGAUACAGGAAAGUUCUCAGGUACUUUAUAAAUUGGAGCAAAGUAGAGCCAAACAUGAACCUGAGAACAAGUUAAGCAAGCAGCACUCUUCUGUUUCUUUGCAGCAAUAUAAGAAUUUCCUGUCAUCCAUUUGCAACAGUCUUUUUGAAGCCUUGUUUCCUGGGUCUUCCUACUCAACUAGAUUUUCAGCUUUAACCAUUUUAGUCUCAAUAGCUGAAGUUUUUCAGCCCCUAGAAGGUAGAGUUUAUACAGUGUAUCAGCUGAGUGAUGAUAUUGAUGUUGGUCGUUUCCAAACACUAAUGGAAUGUUUUACCAGCACUUUUGAAGAAGUGAAAAUUUUAGCAUUUGAUCUUCUGAUGAAGUUAUCAAAAACAGCUAUACGAUUUCAGGAUUCAGGGAAAGUGCAAGCAUUAUUCCAGGCAGUGCUAGAACUCAGCACAAGCACCAAACCGUAUGACUGUGUGACAGCCUCCUACCUACUGAAUUUCUUAGUCUGGCAGGAUGCUCUGCCGUUGUCCCUGGCUGCCUGCUUACCUCAGCAAGUUGCAUGUGGUGAUGGAGAUAAGCCUGCUGCUGUGGUGGAGAGGAACACAUUAAUGGUUAUCAAAUGCUUGAUGGAAAAUCUUGGUGAAGAAAUUUCUCAGGCUGAACAUUCCCUGCUUCAGGCAGCAGCGUCAUUUCCAAUGUAUGGGCGAGUCCACUGUAUAACAGGAGUCCUGCAGAAGUUACCUCUGAACAGCCUGAAGCUGGUAGGUGAGUGGAAGCCUGUGGUGGACAAGCUCCUUUCCCUGUCGUACAGGCUUUCUGCUGUGGUGUCACCAGUCAUUCAGAGCUCUUCCCCCGAAGGCCUCAUCCCAAUGGACACAGACUCAGAGUCAGCAAACCGCUUACAGGUGAUUCUGAAUGAGAUUCAGCCACGAGAUACUAACGAUUACUUCAACCAAGCCAAAAUAUUGGAAGACUGUGAUAGCUUUGAUUUGGAGGAUUUGAAUGCCAGUGUGACCAACAUUGAUACUUCUGCAGAAAUCAAAGGUAACGAAGGAAAAACAUGUGAUGUAACUGCUCAGAUGGUGCUGGUAUGUUGUUGGAGAAGUAUGAAGGAAGUUGCUUUACUUUUAGGCACGCUGUGCCAGCUUCUACCCAUGCAGCCUAUGCCAGAAUCUUCUGAUGGAUUGUUAACAGUGGAGCAGGUAAAAGAAAUAGGAAAUUACUUUAAACAACACCUUUUACAAUCCAGACACAGAGGUGCAUUUGAAUUGGCUUAUACUGGUUUUGUGAAACUCACUGAAAUACUAAACAGGUGCCCUAAUGUGGAUCUGCAAAAGCUGCCAGAACAGUGGUUAUGGAGUGUUUUAGAGGAAAUUAAAAGCAGUGAUCCUUCAUCUAAACUCUGUGCUACAAGGCGCAGUGCUGGAAUUCCGUUCUAUAUACAGGCACUGUUGGCAUCGGAACCAAAGAAAGGCAGAAUGGAUUUGCUGAAGAUAACGAUGAAGGAGUUGAUCACUUUGGCUGGGCCCACAGAUGACUCACAGAGCACAGUCCCCCAGGUUCAUGCUUUAAAUAUCCUGAGAGCCUUGUUCAGAGAUACGCGUUUGGGAGAAAAUAUUAUUCCUUAUGUUGCUGAUGGAGCUAAGGCUGCAAUUCUGGGUUUUACGUCACCGGUCUGGGCAGUGAGAAAUUCAUCCACACUUCUCUUUAGUACCUUGAUCACAAGAAUUUUUGGAGUUAAAAGGGGAAAGGACGACCUUUCCAAAACAAAUAGAAUGACAGGGAGAGAGUUUUUCUCUCGUUUCCCAGAACUCUACCCCUUUCUUCUCAAACAGCUAGAAACUGUAGCCAACACCGUGGACAGUGAUGUGGGAGAGCCCAGCCGUCAUCCAAGCAUGUUUCUCUUGCUCUUCGUGUUGGAGAGACUCUACCCUUCCCCGCUGGAUGGCACUUCCUCGGCCCUCAGCAUGGCACCUUUUGUUCCCUUCAUCAUGAGAUGUGGUCACUCGCCUGUCUACCGCUCCCGUGAAAUGGCAGCUCGUGCCUUGGUCCCAUUUGUGAUGGUAGAUCACAUUCCUAAUACCAUCCGAGCUCUGUUGGCUACACUCCCCAAUCGCACUGGCCAGUGUUUCCGGCAAAACCACAUUCAUGGGACACUUCUCCAGGUUUAUCGUUUGUUACAAGCCUACUCAGACUCCAAACACAGGACAAAUUCAGACUUUCAGCACGAGCUGACUGACAUCACUGUUUGUACCAAAGCCAAACUCUGGCUGGCCAAGAGGCAAAAUCCAUGUUUGGUGACCAGAGCUGUAUAUAUUGAUAUUGUCUUCCUGUUGACUCGCUGCCUCAACAGACCCACCAAGGACAGCCCGCCAGUUCUGGAGAGUGUUGGCUUCUGGGAGGAAGUCAGAGAAAUUAUCUCAGGAUCAGAGCUGAUAACGGGACGCCCCUGUCCCUCCAAGGUGCCAGGCCUGCCCCAGUACCUCCAGAGCCUCACCAGGCUAGCCAUCACUGCUGUGUGGGCAGCGGAGGCCAACAGUGAAGAGCAGAAGGGGGGAGAUCCCAUCUCCCUCUCUCAGCUGUUAGAGUCUGCCUUCCCUGAAGUCCGUGAGCUGACGCUGGAAGCCCUCCUGGAAAGGUUCUCGGCAGCAGCCUCUGGGUCAGGAGAGAAGGGACUGCCACCCUCGCUAUGCAACAUGGGAGAGAUGUUCUUGCUGUUGGCAAUGAAGGAAACUCACCCUGAGUGCUUCUGCAAGAUUCUGAAAAUUCUCCAUUGCAUGGACCCCCGUGAGUGGCUUCCCUGGACAGAACACUGUGUCCAUCUGACCCCCAAGGAGUUCUCGGGCUGGACGAUGGAUAUUGCUUCCAGUGAAAGAUCUGAAAUUCAGAGUGUAGCCCUGCGGCUUGCCUCCAGAGUGAUCGCCCACCAAACGCGGGCAUGUACAGAGAGCAGGGACUCCAUGGCCCCCGAGCUGAAGCGGUGGGCUCAGCUGGUCGUCCUGUCCUGUGGAGACCGUCUCCCUACAGAGUCCAGGCUGGCUGCUGCUGACGUCCUCACCAGCACUGUGCCGUUGUUCCUCACCAACCCCCAUCCUGUUCUUGAGUUGCAGGAUACACUUGCUCUCUGGAAGUGUGUCCUUACCCUCCUGCAAAGUGAGGAGCAAGCCGUCAGAGAUGCAGCCACAGAAACUGUGACGACUGCCAUGUCACAAGAAAACACCUGCCAGUCAACAGAGUUCGCCUUCUGCCAGGUGGAUGCCUCCGUCGCCUUGCCUCUGGCCCUGGCCAUCCUGUGUGACCUGCUCCAGCAGUGGGACCAGCUGGCCCCCGGACUGCCCGUGCUGUUGGGCUGGCUGCUGGAAGAGGGGGCUGACCCUGCUGUCUGUGUGGAGAGCACACAGCAGGUGGAAGACGACUACCUGUUUGAAAAAUCCGAAGUCAACUUCUGGGCCGAGACCCUGAUCUUCGUGAAAUACCUCCGCCAGCACCUCCUCCGUCUCCUCUCCAGGUCGGCCUGGCGUCCCCCCAGCCCUGACACGCUCUGUCACCUUCAGAGGACGGCGUCAGAGCACCGCCUCCUCCUUUCUCAGCUCUUCAGAGAGCUUCCACCCGCUGCUGAGUUUUUGAAGACAGUGGAGUUCACGAGACUACGCAUUCACGAGGAAAGGACUUCGGCUUGCUUGAAGUUGCUGGCCUUUCUGGAAGGAAAGGAAGGGGAAGACACUCCAGCUCUCAGUGCCUGGGACAUUCCUGCGGAGGCAAGGCAGCUAACUCUUCCACGGGAGAAACAACAUGCUGAAGAAAGAAAAUCUGGCAGGGUGGGUGCGUGUGAAUUCUUCCUCCACUAGAUCUGCAGGAAACACGUUGAACGUAAAUUCAAAA